GAGAAUUCCAUUAGAGAUUCUAGCCUUCAUGGGUUACGUAUUCACAGAGAAGCUCCGCUGAUCUCCCACCUAUUUUUUGCGGAUGAUUCCUACCUAUUCCUCCGUGCCUCCUCUACUGAAUGUGCCCGUAUAAUUGAAAUACUUCAUGAAUAUGAAGUGGUGAGUGGGCAACGAGUUAAUCUCCAGAAAUCAGCCGUUACAUUUAGUGCUAAUGUCUCAGAUCUGGAAGCUACUCGUCUAGCUGGUUUACUUGGUGUGUCAGCAAUUGGAGUUCAUGAUAGAUAUCUUGGUCUUCCAUCCCAGGUUCAUAGAUCUAAAAUACAAACCUUUCGGUAUAUUGAAGACUCCUUAGCAAACCGUAUACGUCAUUGGAAGUCAAAAAACAUGUCUUUGGCUGCCAAAGAAGUAGUUAUCAAAGCAGUGGGGACAGCAACUCCCGUCUUCGUGAUGUCCUGUUUUAGACUCACUUCUGAUUUGUGUAGAAGGAUGAACGGACAACUCUCCACCUUUUGGUGGGCAGGCCAAGACAAGGAAAAAGGUAUACAUUGGUUAUCAUGGUCUGAAUGUUGUUUCAGCAAAUUUGAAGGAGGAUUGGGAUUUAGAGACUUUGAUAGGUUCAAUGUAGCAAUGCUAGCCAAACAAGCCUGGAGACUUAUCUGUGAACCGGAAAGUACUCUUGCCAGAAUGUACAAGGCAAGGUACCAUUACACCGAUCAUUUCCUUCUAGCCCGUCAGGGGGCACGUCCUUCUUGGGCUUGGCAAGGUAUCCUGCAGGGUAGAGAUCUACUGAAUAAAGGUCUUCGCUGGCAAGUAGGAUCAGGAACUAAGAUAAACACCUUACUCGACCCUUGGCUACCAACAGACCCUCCUUCUAGCCCUGUGUUGUUAAUUGGUGCCUCCCUAGAUCACCCAAUGGUUUCUUUUCUUCUGGAUUCUAAUGCUAUGGAGUGGAAUCUGGACUUGCUUAAAACCAUAUUUCCCCCUGUCACGAUCGACAAAAUCUUAUCCAUCCCUCUCCCAUCGUCCCCCCAAGAAGAUAAAUUGAUUUGGCAUUAUGACAAGUCUGGUCAUUAUACAGUUAAAUCAGGGUACCACCUUCUUUCGAAUGGUUUAAAUUUACCCAGAAACUCCCUGCCAUAUUUUUUGAACACCAAGUUCUGGAAAUUCUUGUGGAAUAUUCCAAUGCCUCCUAAGCUCAAAUUCUUUCUUUGGAGAUUGGUGCGUGGGUUUCUACCAGUUAAAGGAACCCUCCUUUAUAAGAAAAUUAUUUCAUCAGGUCUAUGUCCUGUUUGCUGCGAGGUAAAUGAAGACUUCAAACAUUGCUUCUUCGACUGUAGAAUCACUAGAGAACUGUGGACAUUAUCUGACCUUGACCAUAUAAGAGAUAUGAUGAGGGAAAGUCCUAUGGAUCUUGCGUGGAGAAACCUCUUUCUCACGCCCCAUAUCUCCAAGAAUGAUGUAGCUUUCAUUGUCUUCUUAUUUUGGAGAAUAUGGAAAGGCCGAUGCAAGGCUACUUAUGGAUACAUUUUAUACAGGUCUCAUGUCCUAUACAGGCAACUAUUAGCGCAGGUGGAGGAAUGGAGAAUGGCAGAAGCACAGAAGGUUCAGAGAUCCGAAGAAGUCCAAAGGUCAAUACCCCACUCUUCCUCAGGCCAAGGUCCUCAUUCAAGGAGAACAGAUGUUUCCUUCCCUAGUGAAGGUAUCCUAGUUCGUUUUGACGGGGCAACAAAAAUCCCUCAAGGAUGUGCAACUGGCUUCGUCGGCUUUUCAGGUGAUGGAAAUAUCACUUUUGCAGUUGGUAAAUUCUAUCAGGGCAUUUCAGAUGCCUAUAUAUCAGAAUUACUUGCUAUUCGUGAUGCUAUGAAAUGGUGUCUCACCCACAAUUUUUUUACUGUUGUUUUCUGUGGGGACUCUCAAUUGGUCAUCAAGGAUGUGACAUUAAAGAAGACUUCACAUUCAAGAGCGGGAGCUUUAUUAGAGGAAGUGCACUCUCUUCUUUCCUCCUUCCUAUCUGUCUCGUGUCAUUUUGCUCCUCGGAGCUUCAACAGAGCUGCCCACCUCGUGGCAAAACAGGCUCUUUUAUCGGGAGUCCGGUUGCAUACGGACUACCGUUCUCUUUUAGUGUCUUUCUUGUAAUUGUGUUGUCCGGCCAUGCCCUGGGGGCUUAUCUUGGAUAAAAAAAAAAUGUGAUGCAAAUCCUUGAGCUUGAUAUAGAAAUAGAAGAAAGGACUGAGAAAGUAUGGGAUGAGCGACCGACCGUAGCAGUAGAAAGAGCUUUCUUUGGAAAUCAUCAGGAAGCAUACAGUGGGAAUUUACUGCAGUUUAUGGGGACCCGACCUUAAUUCAAUGCCGGGACCUGUGGCUAUCUACGGCUUUUAACCCUGUUUGCAUAGGCUCGUGCACAGAUUUACGUUCAAUAAUCCCAGGGGCUAAUCAAAUGGGAGUUCGUCCGGCAGACUUUGGAGGCAACGAUGUUUUGUUAUAGCAUCUAUAACGGCCUCGGGUUUAGGGGGGCAACCCGGCAAAUAGACAUCUGCUCACACAUUCCAUAUCCAUAUAUGGAGUUCGAUAAAUUUUUUUGUUAUUCUGUAAACAGAAUAGAAAAUUUAUAAAAUUUUCGUUGCAAUGCAGCCAAAGUCGCAAUUCUAUGUAGAAACAUUUUGGUGAUCUAGAAGCGUAGAAACAUAAACUUUAAAGCGUAGAGUUUAACUACAAUUGUAAGUGAAAAAUGGGACAAUUGGUUGGAGUAAUGGAAAUUUUGAUGCAAAUGCUACAAGGAUGCAUAGGAGACCAAAGUGAAAAAUGUAUAAAUUAAUAUAAUCUUACUAAUUUGCGAUGAAAUUUUUAUAAAUAUUAAUCAACUUUUCUGAUGAAUAAUUGGAGAAGCGUUUUAGCUCGUUUAACACACAACCCAACUCCACCCUUCCAUCACUCAUCCAUCUACUGCACAAAGUCACCCAUUUCUAUAGUCAGACAUCGCCUGGAUUAUCACUAUGAUUAAUGGUAUCUUCAGUUCAUCGUAUGUUUUCUUAAUAUUGCGUAAUAAUAAUUUAAUGGAGCAAGAUCCAAAGGAUCACUUCAGUAUGCGAAUAAAUUAUUUGCUAUUUUUCCUUUUAUAAAGGUAGGGGUCAACACUAGAAUAUAUGUAAAGUAAACAUGAAGAAGUGGAACAAAAUCUAAUAUUCUAGGCAUUAUUGAACAUAUCUCAUUAUCUUCUCAAGAUCAGCGGAGCACAUCGAGGGAACUGGGAAGGAAUAAUACUUUUGUUGUCUAUAUAUCGUUUACUUUCUCUUUUGUGGUUUCCACUUUCCCCAAUGUCCAGUUCAAUUAGGGUCUCGUUUAAAUCGUAAUGUUGGUUUAGCAAGUGAUAAUUAUUCGGUCAGGCUGGUUUUUGACACAGUAUGUUGAAAAAAUAAAAAAAAUGUCAUUAA